AUGAUCGAAUUAAGGCUUGAAAAAUUUCAGAUUUUCCUAGUAAGCCAUGUUGAAUUGCAAAGCGCUAUUUUAAUUUUGCCGGUAGAGCGCUAUUGCGGUUUGAACAAAGUCUAUUAUGAAAAUUGCAUAUGGGACACAUACACCAAUCUGAGAUUUGCCUGUACACCAUUGACGACUUGCAAAUGUAUCGCAAAUUUCUUCGAAGAGAAUGGGAAUUGUUUACCAAUUCCAACAACUCGCGGUCAUCGUCUUAGCAGUCAAGAUGUCAAUCACUACUUUAGAUCCGAUUGUAAGUAA